AUGACGGACCCCUCCUUGAUAGAUCAUAUGACUAGGCUAAAACUCAAACUACUGGAGAAGAGAUUAGAAAAUGAGCGUGAGAUUGCUGACGAUUCAUCAGAUAUAGAGGUUAUAACAGCAAGGAGUUAUGAUGGACAAGAAGAAGCUCUUCAAUCUGCAUUACGCAGGAGGAAGGAUCUACUGCACAAACUGAGAGAACAACACCUCCUAGAAGAGAUAGCCCGGCCACAUACCUGGGAAGGAACUCGCAGAAAAAAGAUCAGUAUAGAACCUGUAGCAGCCCCAAUGCACAUUUACCACACAUUGCCUCCUCCAGAACCACCAGUGCGCUUUUAUCCUCCACCUCCUCCACCAGAACCUCCCAGGAUCAUACAGCAGCAGUUACCCCAGCAACCAGCAACCAUAAUUCAGCAGCUACCUCCACAGCAGCCACUAAUUACUCAGAUUCCUCCUCCACAAGCCUAUCAGCCGCCACGCUCAGGCAGCAUUAAAGAAGACAUGGUGGAAAUGAUGCUUAUGCAGAAUGCCCAGAUGCACCAGAUCAUUAUGCAGAACAUGAUGCUGAAAGCACUGCCGCCUAUGGCAAUGUCCCAACCUGCCGGAAAUGUACCACCUGCUGCAUCUCAGUCCCACCAGGAUGCUAAUUAUGUCAACCCUGUAGUGCUUAGAGCGGAGAAGGUUCGUCCCACCUCAGUACAUCAUCAUCACCACUAUACACCUCCUGGCCUUCCUGCAGCUCCACCAACACUACAGCCACCAAUUGGCUAUCCAAUGUGGUCUCAGAUGAUGCCUUCAAACACCAUUGGGCAAAUGGGUGGAGUUCCUCAUGCAGUGCAUCAUGUUACUGGCCCAACUACGACACUACCAGCAAUGAACAUGAAUGGAUGGAAUCACUCCCAGAGUGCCGAGCAUACUAUAAGACCCUAA